UGGCUAUAGCUAGCGCCCACAGUGCUGGAAAGGGAAGAAACGAAUAACGAAAUAAAAACGAAUCCGAAGUAUGGAAGUUUUUCUGCUGAUUUUGUUGUGGGCUUCCAGCUACGCUCUGGCGGAGCAGGACGAGAGAUUGCCAAAUAAAUGCGAAGUGUGCAAGUUCUUAACUGUCGAGCUGCAGGCGGCGCUGGAGAAGAGUGGACGGUCGAAGGAAGUUCUGGAAGUGGGAGAAGUACUGGACACUGGCAAACGGAGACGCAAAAUCAAAUACAACACCUCGGAAACGCGUCUCACGGAGGCUUUGGACAACAUAUGUGAGGGAAUCUUGCAGUACAGCGUCCACGCAGAGAGACCCGGCAGCCUCAGAUACGCAAAGGGAACGAGCCAAACCAUGGAGACCCUGAAGAACUUGGUUAAUAAGGGAGUGAAGGUAGAGCUGGGGCUGCCCUACGAGCUGUGGGAUGAACCCUCAGUAGAAGUCGCCGAUAUGAAGAAGCAGUGCGAGACCAUGCUGGAGGAGUAUGAGGAGGUGGUGGAGGACUGGUACUUCCACAAUCAGGAGGAGAGGCUAGAGCAAUAUCUCUGUGAGAUGCACGUGCUGAAGGCCUCGGAGCAGGGGUGUCUGAACGAGGUGUGGAAGGGUGAUAUGGGGGUGAAGGGGUCAGAAGAGAAGGCGGUGAGUGAGGCGAAGAUCGAGGGGGAGAGUGAGGGGACAGCGCACGACGCCGGGGAGCUUUGAACUGCAGGGGGCGUGGAAAGAGAGACCAAUGGACAAGCCCCCUGCCUGAGCACCCUUUUCAUCUACCUGUUCUUUGCAAAAUGAGAGCGCAGGGGCACAUUGAGAGGUCAGGGCAGGUCCAUGAGCUUGCGGGUAUGGCCUGGUGAUCCAAAGCCUCAUUACAUUUCACUUGUGCAAUGAACACUGCCUAACCCCGUAACAUGGAUGCUACGUUUGCAUGUUCCAAAGCAAACGAACUGUGGUUCUCUUAAAGGUUGCCAUGCUUACAACAGCCCAUGGGUUCUUGCAUUGCACGUUGUCUUAUGGUCUUGGGAAAGAGUGCAGGGGCCAGUUGCUGCUCCAGUGCGGAUUAUGUUUACAGAUCAUGUGUUUAAGCCUGAUUAACUUUGCUGCAAAGUCAUUGUUUUAGCAGGUUUCCUGUUACAGAAUUUGUUCCUGCACACACCAAAUUAGAGCUGAGAAACUCCGCUAUUAUUACAUAUUGGAUUUUUUAAAAGUAGGUGAAUAAUUUAACCAUGACACCUUGGUUUGAAUGGGUGCACACACCACAGUUAUUUCAGGUGUCUUAGUCAUGCAUCAGUGUGUUACAUUAACAUAUAAAUUUUAUGAGAUUGUUUCUUCUUUUACAUAGAAAAUAGGUACGUGUUGUGUGUGUGUUUAAUUCCCUGAAUCUGAAGGAUGGCUGUCACUCUUUGGAGCUGCGUGUCUGCAGCAGGUCUGGUGAGACUUGCUCCCUCCCGCGCAGCCUGCGAUGCAAGAAAUGUGUCAGGUUUGAACUCCUACUGCGUUUGUGCAAUAUGAGCUUUCCUGCAUCGUGGGCCGAGAUCCGCACAGGGGUCUACAGCAUUUGAACGCAUCGAGUGACUCCGGGUGCCAUAUUACCCAGUACCACCUGCCUUCCAAGUGCCUUGUGGUCCAUCAUUAAUCAGUACUCGUUUACACAGAAUCAUCCGCUGUAAGAAUUGCAGCCCCCCAGGGAAAAGCCCUGUGGAAACCACACCGGGAACAUAGUGCAAUUUCAAGGAUCCCUAAUGCCAUGUGUGCAACUUGUGAGUGGCCAGAUAUUCUGUAUUUCAUGGACAGUGUUACCACUUGAAGCACUGGAACCUCUCAUAAUCUCCAUGUUGUGCCUUUUUAGUCAUAACUGCCCCCCCUGCAGCAGCCCAUCUCUUCUGGUGCAUAAUUAUUUAUGCCAGGCAGGUAGUGUGCAAUUCAACGUA